CCGGGUGACGGAAAUGACGACAUAAAUUCACACAGUGUUUACUAACGGCGGCUAAACGGCCGUCUGACAAAUACAGUUGUUAGUUAAAUCAGUUUAGUUUAAUCCAACGAGAAGAGUCCAAAUAAUUGAUGGCGGAUCCUGCGGUGGCAUCGGGAGGUUCACUGAAUGCAGGAGGGCGUGGGAGUGGUGGUAAAGCAGCUUCCAGCCCUGCAGAGAACUACCACUUGGCCCGACGUCGCACCCUGCAGGUCGUUGUCAGUGCCCUCCUGACAGAGUGUGGCUUUGAGAGUGCAGAGAAGGCAGCGGUGGAGACACUCACUGAGAUGAUGCAGAGCUAUAUAACUGAAAUAGGUCGGUGUGCUAAAGCUUAUUGUGAACACACAGCCAGAAGCGUCCCGACCCUGUCGGAUACAGUGGUCGCACUCAUUGAAAUGGGUUUCAAUGCCGACACCCUGCCUGUGUAUGCCAAGAGAUCACAGAGGAUGGUUAUAACUGCCCCUCCGGUAACGAACUCACCUGUGACUCCCAAAGCACUGUCAGCCGGACAGAAACGCACACAUCCGGCUCAUAUCCCCUGCUAUUUCCCAGAGUUCCCAGACCCUCACACAUACAUCAAAACGCCUACGUUCAGAGAGCCUGUGUCAGACUACCAAGUGGUGAGAGAGAAGGCAGCAAGUCAGAGGAGAGACGUGGAGCGAGCUCUCACACGCUUCAUGGCCAAGACCGGAGAAACUGAGAGCCUCUUCAAAGACGACAUCACUGCCUUCCCAUUGAUCGCAGCACGACCAAGCACCAUCCCAUAUCUCAGUGCCCUCCUGCCCUCAGAGCUGGAAUUGCAGACUCUGGAGGAGACAGACUCUUCUGAGCAGGACGACCAGACAGACAGCGAGAACACAGCAGGAAAUAUCAUCACUGAUGAUCCAGGAGCUGACAAAGAGAACUCCAUGCUUCCUCCCAGCGGCGUCGUUCCAUCUGCAAAGGCCAGCGAGGACAACGUGAUUGACAACCCGUACCUCCGGCCGGUCAAGAAACCCAAAGUGAGGAGGAAGAAAUAAGUAUGGACCUACCUGAACCAACAGACUCACAUUUGCCACAGUGGUUGGUGUUUUCAGCAGCGGUGUUGUGAGCCGGGACCAGUACCGCUUUUGGCUUUUUCUAUACUGACUGACUUCUAUUGAAGAUGACUUUAUGUUGUGUUAACUGUCAUUUUUCCAUCAAGCACUCAACUUUGAAUUUGUGUAACGUCACUUUGUAAGCAACAUCAUAGUGUAACAUACAAACCAUACAGGAAUCAAGUCAUUUUGUGAAUAAAGAAAUAUAUGUUUCUUUUUUUUAACUACAA